AUGACUAGUGUGAUUAUCAGAUACAAAGAAUGCAAGAGAAACCAUGCCAUUUCAGUAGGCCUCCACGCGGUGGACGGUUGCCGUGAGUUCAUGACACCAGCAGCUGGCGCUGGCGGGGGCGGCGAGCAAGGAGGCGGCGAUGAGAGUGCAUUUCUGUGUGCAGCGUGCGGUUGCCACCGGAAUUUUCACCGGAAGGAGAUUAUGAAGGACGGUGUAGUAGUCCAUUAUGGGAGUAGCAGUACUAUUGUCGCUCCUAGGCUAGCUGCUGCUCCUUGGCCGAGUUCAGUAGUACCAAUGUACGUGGUGGUUCAUCAACCUGCAGUGGUGCAGCCGCCGCCACCAGCUGAUGAGUUGUCGAGCUAUCAUCAUCAUCAACACCAUCCACACCAUCUUCAUCAUCAUGGUCUGCUGCAGCAUGGAUCAUCAGGAGCUGAUUGGGAUAAUGGAGAAUUCGAACAGAAGCCUAACAUUUCAAUCAAGACCACUAAUAUUAAGAAAGAACCCUUCUAG